AUGGUUUGCCCGGUGCUUGUAGGCCCGGCCAAAUGGAUAGCCACCAAAUGGAUAGAUUAUGAGGAACAGGCGUUUCGUAUAUUUAUAUUAUCAUUAUUUGUUAGUUUAAUACAUGGUUUUAAUAUAAACUUUACAAAACUAGAGUCAACUAUCAUAGAGGAGAGUCAAUGGUUACAAACUGUUGGGAAAUAUAUCACUGAUGAAGAGCAUAGACUUUCACAGUUAAAGUCAAAAAUCAAUGAAUUAAAGCAAUUUAAUCAAUUGGCAGUCAAUGAUACCGAUGCAUAUCUAUCACAUCCGAUAAACAUAUAUCUACUUAUCAAACGAUUGGCCACUGAAUGGCCACAAGUGGACAAACUACUGGAUCAGCCGACACAAAAUCAGCUCCGGUUACGAGUGAAUCCAAUUGAAAAUAAUGAAUUGACUGAAGCGGCUAAAGGUUUACAAAAUUUGGUAAAUACUUACAAUCUGGACAUACAGGCGCUGGCAAGCGGUUCAGUAAAGUUCUGGUCAGAAUCGGAGGACCGGGAGAUAACAAUCCAGUCGUCAGAUGACACACACCGGCUAACGGCUGCCGACUGUUAUCUGAUUGGAAAACAAACACUUAUUGAGGAUUACUAUGAAAGUGCUAUUCAAUGGUUCAAAGAGACCAUUAAACGGUCAGAUAAUGACACAACCGAUAAUUUAUUUAAAUCGAAAUUAGCUAAACAUAUGGCACUGGCCUACCAUAGACUGGGAGAUUAUAAUCAAAGUGUUAACUAUAUGAAUAAAUCCAAAAAUUUAUUAUUAGUCGACGACUACCAGAGCGAUACAGAGUUUAUGUUUAGACAACUAUUUGUUGAUUUUAUGAUUCAAAAUAAGACCAAUAAUAAAGUUGUCGUCAAAACAAAUAGCAAUUUAUUGAACAACAAAACAUCCAAUCAAUUGUCGGAAACACCACAACAACAACAAACAUCCGAUAAUUUUUAUAAAAAUGUUACAAAAUUUUUAAAAAUAUCUCAACAAUUGUGUCGCGGAGUAAAACGUAUGAAUCGGUCAGUGGAGUCCCGAUUGCGGUGUCGUUAUUUGGAUACAACUAAUCGGUCGUUACUACGGCUAACCCGUGUGAAAGUCGAACAAUUGUAUGACAAACCAGAGAUAGUCGUAUUUCACGACAUAAUCAGUGACCGGGAAAUAGAUUUAAUGAAACAGUUGGCCAGCAGACAAAUGGCCAGAUUAAUGAUAUUUUCUAAUUCAAAACUUGAUAUUUACGGCGGACGGUUAGCUGAGGGCAGUUGGUUAGAUGAUUUUGAUCAUGAAGUGGUCGAUCGAUUCAGUCGGCGUAUCGGUGCCGUCACUGGUGUUAACAUGUAUGACGCCGAACCGUAUAAUGUAAUCAAGUAUGGCGUCGGCGGGUAUUAUGUAAAUCAUUACGAUGUGUCAGUUUUCAGACCGGUCACUGUCGAACAGUACGGUCUGCCAUACGAUCGUAUAGCCACAUGGAUUACAUACCUGAGCGAUGUACAGGCAAGCGGUGCUACUGUUUUCCCCCGAUUGGAUGUCCGGGUAGAGCCCCGUAAAGGAUCGGCAGUGUUCUGGUUUAAUCUGAAAAGUUCCGGUUUAGUCGAUUGGGAUACACAGCAUAGUGGAUGCCCGGUGCUGGCCGGCCCACCCAAAUGGAUUGCCACCAAAUGGAUACCGUUUUCUGUUCAACAGUUACAUAAGCCAUGUCUAUUAGAUAGACAUUUAUUGAAUUAUUUGUAA